AUGGCCCGGUCCGACUGCCAGGGCAGGGGGGGGCGGGAGAGGGAAGCUGGGAGUUGUCCUUCCUUCCUUUCUUUCUUUGAAAUCAAAAUCCUUUCCUCGGGGAGGAGCGCGGGCGGCGGCUCCGGCAGGCUCUGCUGUCAGCCACCUCGGGCUCGGCGGCGCACGUGGGCUUCAGGCUUCCAGACCCCGCCGGGCGGCACUUCCUCGCGACGGCGGCCGAGGCUGGCCCUCGGGGACGCACAGCCGCCCCGUGGGCAUCUCCUGCCUCCCGCUCUCGGGAAGCGGCGGCAGCAGGGCCGAGGGUGUGGCCGGUGCUGGCGCGGCCGAGUCAGAGUCGGGCGGGAGCCUGCACUGAUUGCGCACAGCGGCCGCCCCGCUCGCGCUCUCGCCCGCCCGCCACGCCCGGGCGUGCCGGGCGCCGCGGCGGCCCCUUCCCGCCUCGCCGGUUCACAGAGCGCGGCCCGGAGCCGAGGCGGCACGCCCUCCCGGACCGCGCGCCCCACGGCCCGCCGCCGGCUGUCGGCGCGAGUCCAUCCCCGUCGCCUCCUCUUCGCCUUGGGCCCGCAGCUGCUGAGCUCUCCCGGGACCGCGGGCCCUGAGCAUCGGACGGCGCCGCGCGCGUCUCCCGGGCGGCCCGGUCAACUCAGAAGCGAGCCGGGAGAAACUGAAAGGAAGGGCGGGGGCCGAAAGGCAGAGGGGAAAACACCCGCUUCCUCUCUCCGCGCGGCUUCACCUCGGAGCACGGCCGUGGCUGCGCCGCCGCCCGCUCGCCCGCCGGGGCCGCUGGAGGCUUUUCCUCUUCCCGUCCGCGCCUCGCCCCCGGGCUCACCGCCGCCGCCUCAGCCGUAA